AUGUUGAUAGUAGCAGGCGGUUACGAGGGCGGUCUUGUUGGAGUGGAGGCCCCUGAUCCUUCGGAAGCAUCGGCAUCUUCGCCGUCGUCUAUAAAUUCUUCUGUCGCACCUGAUGAGAAAUCGCUAGCUUUUCGUUUCCUCUGCUCUCAGGGUUCUAUUCGUUGUUUGGCUCUUGGAUUAGACUUCUUGUGUUGCGGUGGAUCGGACGAGACGGUCCAGGUGUACGGACUGCGCAAUCGCAAAAAGCACGGCGACCUUCUUUUAUCUGAUGGAUGUAUCACAUCAGUUGGUGCCGUGGGCACAAUUGCGAAUGGAUUACUCCUGAUUGGUAACGAGCACGGUCUCUUGCAUGUUUACUCGGUGCGGCAUCUCAACUUGCUAAAACAGCUGAAGGGCCACAAGCGCUCCAUCACAUCGGUUUCUGUGCACCCUAACGGGGAGCUAGCUUUAUCGGUAUCGGAAGACGCUACAGUGCGUCUGUGGGAUUUAAAAACAUUCGUUUGUGUGUUUUAUUCGCGCCUAAACGGGCCUUCGUUAGCAGUAGAGUGGCACUCCGACGGCAAGAGGUACUAUAUUCUAUCUGAAUCGCAACUUUUAUUAUUAUCAUUGAGCGAGGAUACAAGUCCGUGCGUUCAGAAGGCGGGAAUAUCGUUGAAAUACUGUUGCGCCACGUGGGUAGGUGAUUCGGUAGCUGUUGGUUGCAAGUCUGGAGCUGUGGUCGUCUACUCACCAGGCUCUGAGACGCCUAUAGUAAAGGAUGGUGUCCACACUAAGCGUAUCAAAGCUAUCACCUCAUUCUCGGGUUGCAUAGUUACUGCUGACUCUGAUGGGAUGCUGGUCUGUGCGUCUGUUGCUUCUGGCAAAGGGCCAGGAUUAUCUCUGUCGGAGCUAUGGCGUUACGAUGUAGAGAUGCGUGUCAACGCCUUGGGAUGUUGUGCGAAGUAA